AUGGCCUCGGAACCAGGCCGUCCGCCCAAUUACUACGCGAUCCUCGAAGUCCCAGAAACCGCCUCUACCACCCAAAUCCGCGAUGCCUACAAACGGGCCGCCUUAAAAACCCACCCCGACCGCGUCCCGACAGACCACCCGGACCGCGCCUCGCGCACCCGCAAGUUCCAGCUCGUCAACGACGCCUACUAUACCCUGUCCGACCCUACCCGCCGGCGUGACUACGACGCCCAGCGCAACUUGUACUCCCGCACUAGUGGCGGCGGUGGAACAUCGCAGCAGAUGCCAGGCGGCUUCGGCGGCUUCCCCAGCGGAGGCGACCCUUUUGCCGAGGCGGAAGCGGGAGCGGGGACCGGUGGGAGGACGGGAGCGGGUGGUGGGAUCCCCUUCUCGUGGGCGUGGAACUUCUUCACCGGUGGCGGGCAGGAGCAGCACCAGCAGGGUCAAGAGCGGGAGCGGACUGAGAACGAGCAGUUUGCGGAUGUAUUUGAAGAGAUGUUGCGCGAGGAGGGGAUGGCGGACCAGGGGCCCGGAGCGAGACCGACGGGUAAAUUCUGGAGCGUGGUUGGUGGGUUGAGCGGCGGGGCGUUGGGGUUCAUUGUGGCCAACGUGCCUGGGUUGGUUGCGGGCGCCGUGGCGGGGAAUCGGCUGGGUGCAGUGCGGGAUGCGAAGGGGAAGAGUGUCUAUGCGGUUUUCCAGGAAUUGCCGCAGGCUGACCGGGCGAGGUUGCUUAGCCAAUUGGCCGCGAAGGUCUUGAGCCAGGCUGUCGGGGUGUGA